UAUAGAACAGUCCACCAUUAUCCUGUCGACUUGUGAUAACCCCUUAUACCCUCACAUAGACAUACAAGAUGGCACUCGCAGCGUCCCAGGCUAAUUCUAGCAACAAUGCCUUCAAGGACAAGGAGAAGCCUAUGGCUGUGCGCACCGCCAACAUUGUCGCCGCCAGAGCUGUCGCCGAUGCCGUCAGGACGUCUCUCGGACCAAGGGGUAUGGAUAAGAUGAUUCAGACGGGGAAGGGGGAGACGAUUAUCACAAACGACGGAAACACAAUGUUGAAAAGUAUGUCCGUUAUGCAUCCAUCGGCGAAGAUGCUGGUCGACCUUUCAUCGGCACAGGAUGUCGAGGCUGGAGAUGGAACGACAUCUGUGGUUGUUAUCUGCGGAAGCCUGUUGGGAGCGGCGGACAAGUUACUCGGAAAGGGCAUCCACCCCUCAGUGAUCGCCGAAUCUUUCCAGAGAGCCGCAAAGGCAUCAGUUCAGAUCUUAACCAACAUGUCACAUCCAGUUUCCCUCACCGACACAACUACUCUCCUUCAAGCCGCAACAACAUCCCUGUCCUCCAAAAUCGUUUCACAACACUCCAACCUCCUUGCCCCGAUGGCGGUGAACGCUGUGACCAAGACCAUCGAUAUCAAAACCGCAGAUAACGUUGACUUGAAGAACAUCAGAGUUGUCAAGAAGGUCGGCGGGACUAUCGAGGACAGCGAGAUGGUUGAGGGCCUGGUCCUUACGCAGGGUGUUCUCAAGAGCGGUGGUGGCCCAAUCAGAAUGGAGAAGGCACGGAUAGGUCUAAUCCAGUUCCAGCUGAGCCCUCCCAAGCCAGAUAUGGAGAACCAGAUCGUCGUCAACGACUACAGGCAGAUGGAUAAGAUUCUGAAGGAAGAGCGCACAUACCUCCUGAACAUGGUCAAGAAGAUCAAGAAGGCGAAGUGCAACGUUCUUUUCAUCCAAAAAUCCAUUCUCCGCGACGCCGUCAACGACCUCGCCCUCCACUUCCUCGCCAAGCUCAACAUCCUCGCCAUCAAGGACAUCGAGCGCGACGAGGUCGAGUUCAUCUGCAAAUCCACCGGCUGCAAGCCAAUCGCCGACAUCGACUCCUUCACCGAGGACAAGCUCGGCUACGCGGAGCUGAUCGAAGAGGCCCAGAACUCCGGCUCCAAGAUCGUAAAGGUUACCGGCACCAAGAGCGCCGGCAAGACCGUCUCCAUCAUCUGCCGCGGCGCCAACUCCCUGAUUCUCGACGAGGCCGAGCGCAGUCUCCACGACGCCCUGUGCGUCAUCCGCUGCUUGGUCAAGAAGAAGGCUCUUAUUGCGGGUGGUGGCGCCCCUGAGAUCGAGAUCGCGACCCAGCUGGCGAAGCAGGCGCGCCAGCUCACAGGCACUGAGGCCAUCUGCUGGAAGGCGUUUGCGGAUGCUAUGGAGGUCAUCCCCACAACUCUUGCGGAGAACGCGGGGUUGAAUAGCAUCAAGGUCGUGACGGAGCUGAGACACAAGCAUGCCAAUGGAGAGGUCAACGCGGGUGUCAGUAUCAAGUCUGGUGGUGUGAAGAACGACAUUGGUGACGAGAACGUGCUCCAGCCGUUGUUGGUGAGCACCAGCGCCAUCGAGUUGGCGUCGGAGACUGUAAAAAUGAUCCUAAGAAUCGAUGAUAUUGCAUUAAGCAGGUAAAAUGGAGAUACAAGCUAAACUGUAUUAUAUCAUAUUAUGAAUGAAAAUCAGUCAAAGGCUGUGUAGCCCAUG